AUGGCCGUUGACCCCAACGCACCCGAGCUGCCGAAGACGCGCAUGCAGUCGACCUUUUCGACCGGGCGCCAGAUCUUCAUCUUCAGCUUCUACAUCUUCUACCUCGCCGCCAACAUUGCGUUCCUUGGCAUGGUCUCGGACCAGCUCCACAAGUACGGCAACGUGUGGACCCACUACCCCGACGGGCGGUGGUACCACUCUCUUGGCCUGGGUCUGUUCAUCGGCAUCUUCUUCACCAUGGUCGGCUUGGCCCACGCGUUCCUCAACCACCCGAUCCUCAUGUUCUGCCACUUUGCUGGCGCCACCAUGUCUGGCAUUGUCGCCGGUCUUUUCACCGCCACCCCCUUCGGCCACGGUCGGCAGUGCAGCAACCCUGUCGACUCGUUCCCGGCAAAGUACCAGCCGUUCAUUGGCGAGUGCCGCAAGAUCACGGCUAUCACCGCCCUCGCCUGGACCAUGUUCGGCCUCAACACCCUCGCCCUGUUCUACCUCGCCGCAGACGGCUUCAACUGUGUCCGCAACCACACCUCCAUCUACGCGCCUUGGGAGCCUCCUGCCAAGAUCAAGGACGAGGAGUCCGAGACCGAGCACCACCACUAA